AAAGAAAAAACUAUGCCACUGGAAUUACUACAAAAAUAUUAUUUAUGUAAUCAUAGACUUGGAAAACUUGUAGCUUUGCUUUGCAAAGAAAUUCUGCCUGCCUCGUAUUUCAAAUUUCAUCUGACUUUUUCCAACCCAUUUUUAUUGUCCUUUAGUUUUUUUUUGGGUCAAAUUUGUCCUUUAGUUAACAGUAAUGUUUUUAAUAAUAAUUCUUUAAGACUUCUUCUUUUAGAACCAAUUUUGGGUUCAAGACUCUUUCAAACCAAUUCAUUCCUCUAUAUAUAUAACAGAAAAGGGAAGUUAAAGAAUCACAUAAGUAUUUGUGUCCUCAAAUCUUGUGAUGAUGACAAACAACACUACAGAAAAUCGUAACAACUUUCUUAGUUACUUUGUUCUGUUCCUUUGGGGAUUUGUAGUGAUGGAUGUUGGUUUAGGACAACACACAACGAGUGAUGAAAUAAAAGUAGGAGUAGUUAUUGAUCUCAAAACAAACUUUUCCAAGAUCUGCCUCACUUCAAUUAACAUGUCGUUGUCUGAUUUCUACCAAACUCAUCCUCAUUACCGCACAAGACUUGCGCUUCACGUCAGGGAUUCUAUGGAAGAUAUUGUUGAGACAUCAGUUGCAGCUUAUGACCUAAUCAAUAACGAGCAAGUGAGGGCCAUCAUCGGACCAAGAAGCUCUAUGCAAGCCGAGUUUAUGAUUAAACUGGCCAACAAAUAUCAGGUACCAACCAUCACUUUCUCAGCAACGAGCCCUCUACUUAAAACUAUCAACAACCCUUACUUCGUCCGAGCCACUAUCGACGACUCAUUCCAGGCUGAAGCCAUUGCGUCCAUUGUCAAAUCUUUUGGGUGGAGAAGCAUCGUCGCCAUUUAUGUGGACAACGAGUUGGGUCAAGGAAUCAUGCCCUCCUUGUCAGAGGCUUUAGAAGACGUGGAAGUCCAUAGAAGUGUGAUCUCUCCAGAGGCUAGAGAUGAUCAGAUUCUAAAGGAACUUUAUAAACUCAAGACAGAGCAGACAAGGGUAUUCGUUAUCAACAUGGACUCAAGUCUCGGAUUCCGGUUUUUGAAGAAAGCUAGAGAAAUAGGGAUGAUGGAGGAAGGGUAUGUCUGGUUACUAUCAAAUGGAAUGACCCAUAUGAUGAGAGACAACGGUCGUAGCUUAGAGACUAUGGAGGGCUUGCUAGGUGUGAGGAGCCAUGUCCCUCAAUCUAAAGAGCUUCAAGAUUUCAGUUUGAGAUGGAAAAGAAAACUAGAGAAGGAGAACCAGGCGAGGGAUAGUACAGAGCCUAAUGUUUUCGCAUUAUGGGCGUAUGAUUCGGUCACUGCAUUGGCCAUGGCGGUGGAGAAAACAAACACAAAGACAUAUAGGAGGACCUACGGUCCACAUCUUCUAGAGGCUCUCUCGGAUGUAGAAUUCAAGGGGUUAGCAGGAGAUUUCAAACUCAUUAACCGGCAGCUCGAGUCAUCAACUUUUGAGAUAAUCAAUGUUAUUGGAGAUGAAGAGAGGAUUAUCGGAUUCUGGACACCAAGCAGUGGACUGGUGAAUGCAAAAUCAAACAAAACGACAUCAUUUUUAGGCAAGAGGUUUGGGCCAGUAAUAUGGCCGGGGAACUCGAACGUUGUUCCAAAAGGUUGGGAGAUUCCAACAAGCGGGAAGAAGAUUAAAGUGGGCGUUCCAGUAAACAAAGGAUUCCUCAAUUUUGUGGAGAUAAAGACGGAUCCAAUCAGUAAUGUAACCACUGCAACGGGUUAUGCCAUAGACAUCUUUGAAGCUGCUCUUAAAGAGUUGCCAUAUUCAGUCAUUCCUCAAUACGGUUUCGAGGCUCCAGGUGAUAACUACAAUAAUUUGGUCUAUCAAGUCUAUGAGGGGAAGUGGGAUGCAGUUGUUGGAGAUAUAACAAUCACAUCGAACAGGUCACGGUAUGUUGAUUUCACGUUACCGUACACAGAGUCUGGGGUGUCUAUGAUUGUGCCGGUGAGGGACAACAAGAACAAAAACGCAUGGGUGUUCCUAAAACCUUGGAGCUUAGACCUAUGGAUCACCACCGGUUGCUUCUUCGUGCUCAUUGGAUUUGUUGUGUGGUUGUUCGAACACAGAGUCAACACAGACUUCCGUGGACCUCCUCACCACCAGAUCGGCACUAGUGUCUGCUUCUCCUUCUCCACCAUGGUUUUUGCCCACCGUGAGAAGGUCGUAAGCAAUUUAGCAAGGUUUGUGGUGGUGGUCUGGUGCUUUGUGGUGCUUGUGCUCACUCAGAGUUACACAGCGAAUCUCACCUCUUUUCUGACUGUACAAAGUUUACAACCAACAGUCACAAAUGUGAAAGAUCUCAUCAGUAAAGGGGAGUCUGUAGGGUACCAAGAAGGCACAUUCGUCUACGAUCUUUUAAGAGAUCUGAACUUCCCUGAAUCACAGCUCAAGCCUUUUGGUUCUGCCGAAGAAUGCGACGACCUUCUGUCCAAAGGGACAUCAAAAGGUGGUAUUGCAGCAGCUUUUGACGAAGUGCCCUACCUUAAGGAUAUCGUUUCUGAAUACUGCUCCAAAUAUGCAAUGGUUGAACCUUCUUUCAAGACUGCUGGUUUUAAACCUUCCUUUAAGACUGCUGGUUUUGGCUUUGCAUUCCCCAAGAACUCGCCUAUGACAGGAGAUAUCUCAAGGGCUAUCUUGAAAGUGACUCAAAGCAAAGAAAUGUCACUCAUAGAGAACAAGUGGUUCAACCGUCUUAACCUCGCUAGUGAUUGUCCUGAUCAAGAUACCGCUGAUCUUUCAUCUAACCGCCUCAGUGUCAGUAGCUUCUGGGGACUGUUUCUGAUAGCAGGCGUUGCUUCCUUUUUGGCACUUUUCGUCUUUGUAGCCCUCUUCUUGUACGAACAUAGGCACACACUAUGUAGUAACUCCGAAGGUUCCAUAUGGAGAAAGCUAAAGUCUUUGUUCAGAAUCUUUGACGAGAAAGACAUAAGGUCGCACACUUUCAAGAGCAAUGCGGUUCAUAAUGUGAGUUCACCUAUUACGCCGUGCACUCCGAGCCCUUCGAAUGUGCAGAUCAGACCAUUGCCACGAAGCAUGUCAUUAAACAGGGAGUUUGAGCUAAGAAGAGAGCAUGUUUAUCCAUGAGUGAAGAAUGUUUCAGAGCGCACCCAAAACAUGAUAAACAGGGAGAAUCUGAUAUUGAGUUUGGAGCUGGAAGACAGAGAGAAGUUAAACAAACUCCCUAGCAAGUUACACUGUAAAGUAUCAACUUAAGUUGUUAAUAACUUAACGUAUGUAAGCUGUAUUCAUUGUACUUGAGUUGAUAUUAAUAUAACUCAGUGGUGUACACUUGAUGCAUUC